UUCUCGCGCGCCGUGCCCAGCACUGCUGCCCUUUUAUUUCUUCAGAAAGAAUUGAGACUUGAGAAGAAACCAGAUCUUCUUACCUCUCAGCUCAAAAUCAUAAACCUCUCACAAAUUUAUUAAAGCUCUAUUUCCAGUCUUCAAAAACUCCCAAGCCUCAAUACCAAAAAAAUGGCCUCCAUAGUUCCUCACUCUGUCUCCGACGACAGGGACCUCGACGACGCAGAUUUAUGGGCCGUAAUCGACUCCGCCGUGGCCUCUCAUUCCGCCUCCAAAUCCCUCGCUAUCAGAUCCCCCAAUUUCCAAUCCCUAUCCCCAAUCUCAAACCCCUCGCCGCCAUCAAAGCUCUCUAAAUACCCUAAAACCCCAAACUCCAACCAGUCCGACACCAAAUCUAGGGUUUCGGUCCAAGGCGAGGUGAUUCAAGAACCCUGGGUCUAUCGCCCGCCGCGGAAGGUCGCAAGGACUUGUGCUUCGGAAGCUAGCGAGACCAGUCCUCUUAUCGUGCUCAAAAACGUGCAGCGCACGCCGACCACUCCGGUGUAUUCGUCGCCGGAAGCGCAUUUGUCGCCGGAGAUUGGGAAGUUCAGUGUGAAGGAGCUUAGUCGUCGUUCGGAAAGCUAUGGGCGGAGCGAGGAGAAGCAUAUGGUGCAUAGCUUGUCUGGGAGGUUCCCUUCAGUUUCACUGUUUAAGGAGUAUCAGAAUGCAGCUAUGGCGAUAUUGGAGAGAAGUGAUUACGUGAUGAUUUCUGGAAACCCUUUCAUAAAAAAAUCAGGGUGGAGGAAGAUAUCAUUCUACUUCAACCUCUCUUUUGAAAUCAGAGACAAGACUAUUGAAUUUGAUGAAAAUCGAAACGUUCAGCGUGCUGAAUUUGUGGUUCGGGCAUACAUGCAAGGUGGUAGGUUCUCAGAUGGGUGGGGCUCAUGUGAGCGGCGUGAGAAGAGAUUUUUAAAACCAAAUCAUGAUAUACCCAGUACAGCAGAGACCAGAGCGAAAAAUAAAUCAUGCCAGGACCUGCUUGGAAUUGGAGAAUAUCGACCAGGUGCAAGCCAAGGCCAAAGAUGAGAAACAUCAACCUCGAAUCCAGUCAGCAAUUCUGGUCCACCACAUCCUCUGAAUUGUGUUAAGAAAUUAUCAGAUUCAGACUGGGUAUGGUGUCAGCAAAAAGCUCUCACCAGUCAACAUAUUUACACUGAUUUGACCGUGAAUUGUAAAUAUGAUUUUACUAAUAUGUACCAUAAGGGCCCACAUUAACGGGACCCUUGUAAAAAUGAGGUAAAACAAGAUUCUGUAGAUGACUAUAUGCUUGUUCGAGUGAGCCUAAUUGUUCCUUCAACAAGUGAAAGCCAUUGAAACAUGCAUAUAUAAAGAGAUGAAAUUUCAUUUUUCUCCCCUCCUAGGGGAAAUGAACAAGAAGGGAAGGCAGGAAUAUGGAGAAUAACGUCUAUUUUUGCUCUUGUUGUGCAACAAUCCAAAAAUCAUGAUGAAAUUGAAGAGUUUGAGACUUUUGAGAACAUAUGCAGAAUGUGUCAGAGCUUGGGCAGAAUUGCAUGAUAGCGAAGGGAGCUUGUUUUGGACAAGGGAGUAAGAGAAUAGAGCUUUUGGACCAAAAAGAAAAAGUUGGCCUCCAAAGACAGGAUGACGAAACAGUUGAUAUAUACCAAAGCACAACGAUUUCCUUU